CAUGACCAUAAUAUUUACUCCUUACAUGGGAGUGCCAUAUUGGAAGAUUUGAUCAUUAAUUUGGCUGAUGCAAUAUCGAGCGUAUAUUUGGAGGUUAUAUCAGUUGACAGUGAAACUUCUGAAAAAAUUAGUAACUACAGCCUAUCUUUGUGUACUUUGUCAGCCAGAGCUCUGCAAAAAUUGAGAAAUGAGAAAUUGAUCCUACAGUGUUUUCACAAUCUAUGCUUUGAUUGUGAAUGGGUGUUUACUGACAUUAUGGCCAUAUCAUUUGAGGAGAAACUUAAGCAACUACUCAGUGAUGCAAUGUUGGUGUUAGUUGACGUUGUCGUUAUGGGUAGCAAGUUUGGUUUCAGGAAGUAUUACUUCAGCUUGAUAAUCGAGUUGUCCGACAUAGCAGUGCCUAUGGUCAAAGCUAUCGUUUCUCAGGUUCGUACUGCGAUAUCAUUCUUCCUUGUUAGCCUGAUUGGGCGUUCUGUAGGACUCGUAUAUACCGGGAUAAGGCAAUCCUUGCGAUGGAAGUAAAGAUCACCUUGUAGCAAAUGAUAUAGAUGGGUUGUAGAGGACACUUUGUUCCAUUGAUUCUUUUCUCGGUCAAUAUUCUCUUUUGAUUUUUUGUCACUUAUUUUUGCAAUACCCUAUUCUUAUUCACACUUCAUACUACAGAAGUAUUAUUGAUCAUUUGAUAUCAGUAAAUUUUCAUUAAUUUUUUUUUUGUUGCAACAAAUUAUUUGUUACAUGUGAGUAUACGACAUAUUUCAA